GUCAACCAUGAAGUUACUGCCAUUGCUUGCACUCAGCUACUGCUCUAUCGUCGUUGUACUAUCGGAAAGUACAGAAAGCGCGAAAAGCACGAAGGAACAAGAUUUAAAGGCACGCGCGUCGAAACAACUCGAACGAUUGGCCCCCUAUCGAAGAGUGCACGACAACAAGCAACCAAUAUCCGACGAACAGUGGCAAUUGCUCGAGAAUGCGGCCAAGGAUCCCGAAAUCAGGGCGUUCAACGAGGAAAAAAUCUUGGAGAUCUAUUGGCUUCUUCCCGAAAACGUGCAGAAGGACAUCAUAGAGAAAAUUGGCGGGAGUCGAGAGAUAAUCGAGAUGCUGGCAAAUAAAAAGUACAUGGCGUUGGUGGAGGAUAAAGAUAUCAAUAAAAGAUCAGGAUCGAAACGCGAAACGUACAGUCACGAUGGAUACGAGACACCAACUAGCGGAUAUCCGUCCCAGGAAUACGCAGAGUACGCGCCAGAGUACGGAGAUCAAUAUGGGAAACCUGAAUCGUCCGGAUCCGAUUCUGGAUCGAUCCUAAAGGGAUCUGGGAGUUUGAUCGGUGGUCUAGCCAAAGGCAUUAUCGGUGGCCUCGUCAGUGCAUCGGGAAGCGCAUCGAAAGGUUCAUCUUCGGUCUCGGCCUCGAGUUCUCAGUCAAGCGUCCAAUCAAGCUCGAAUAGUGGUGAUAAGCCAAAGCCAAGGCCGGAAUAUGGACAAGUUUACUCGUAUGGCGAAAAGGUGUUCGACGUUUGGGACUUCAAAAAGGCGAUCGUUAGCACAUUAAUGCAAGCCAUAAAAGCUAUAAGUGGCGGUGUGAUUGCUUUGAAAGGUCAGCUAUUGAAAGGAAGCGGUUACCUUGUCUCUUCAAAAGGAAAAAUAAUUAGUAAAACUGGGGAUGUGAUCACUACAUUGGGUCGAAAUAUCGCUAAGAGUGCCGUGCAACCUCGUACGGAGUCACCCCCUCCCAUGUAUUUGUACGAUCAUCCUCCUCCACCAAUUAGUCACGAAGAUAUUUACGAAGGGCCUCCUCCACCCGAUCACGAGGAAUAUAGCGGGCACCAUGGAUAUCAUGAAAAUGCGAAUUAUGAAUCCUCGGAUAUCGAAGAUCAGGCGGGCCUACUUAUUGCGAAACCGACGAAACCUGACAACCAUGAUCACCACACUGUGAACUUGGAAAUUCGAAAACCUGCUGUGACGCAUCCGGAAGACGAUUAUUACGGGCCACCACCUGAAUUACCUCACAAAGAUAUCGAGAACACUGUGAUACCGAAUUAUCACUUUAAUCAAGAUGACCACAAAGUGAACUCCAAUUCUCCAUUGCCAUCCAGCUACGACGUUAUGAUUCAACAUUCGUCGAAUGAUCAAAAUGGAUACGACUAUCCAAUCUAUCCUCCACUUGCUCCUAGUCCUCCAUCGAAUCUUCAUGCACCGUUCACGAUUCAACAGAGCAUCGAGUAUCCACCUAUACACAUUCAAUAUUCUAUCCCUGACAAAGGAAACUUGCAUUUUCCAAAGAGUGAUAUGUCUAGCAACGAUUUGUCCGUGUACUCGAGCUUAUCGAUAGAUACGAAUCCUAAAAUAGAAUCGAUUAAAAUAUCCGCGGAAUUGCCCAAGUUGCAAUCUCUUGCAAACAUCUCCAAGAGUCCAUUGCUUCCAUAUUCUUACUCCAUGCUACAGGGGCCUUUAAAGAUACCACUACUGACUCCAUAUUGGCAAAAUCAGGGAUUGAUUCAACCUUUCACUAAUUUCAACAUGCAUGGAUUGUAUCAGAGAAAAAGUAGUGGACAGAGAAGAAGAUCCAUAAACGAAUUUGUUCACCGUAUGAGACUACCUAGAGGGUAAAUUGAAAGACAGGUAAUUAGAAUAAUGUAUGUUAGAUGUGAAAUUUUAUUUACCAUGAACACUUUGCACGUGAUUAAUUGUGUUAAAUUAAAAAUAAUACGAAAGAAAUAAUUUUUUUGUUUGUUUGAAUUAUAUUACGAUCAAUAAUGGAAUUUUAAACCUGUAUCUUUAUAUGUUUGAUGUCUGAAUACGCCCAUAUUUAACUUUAUCUUUUAAUAGUUGUAUCACUUGGUUUUACAACAUCUGCAUGAUAUUUGGCAUCUUGUGUGUCUUUGGCCACAAUAUGUGUUUAGUUGUGCUUUUCUUUGCUUUUUAUAGUUAAAUGAACACCAUGUCUUUCUUUUGUGAUAAUUCACAAAAAUUAUAUAUAUUAAAUUCAAUAUUUUAUGUUCCAGUGGUUUACUCUUAUGCGCAUUAUUACCCGCACAAUGGAUUUAAAAAACAUCGAUAUUAUCGUACUAAACACAGAAAGAAUUAACUUUAAAAUUUGAAACUAAAGUGAGUGGAAAAAGAAUUAAGUGGGUGUGUUAUAUUACUCAAUUGAGAAUUAGCUAGGCAUAAUUUAUCUACCUACGUAUAUAUGUAUCCAUCCGUGUUGCGGCUUUCGCCUCGUUACAAAAGAAGACUAAGAAAUUUCAUGGAUGGAUUCAACGGAAAUCAUUCGUGGACGAAUCUUCUUGGGAUUAUUCUGGAAAAAGAAAGCGGUCCAACGUGUAAAUUAAAAAACGAUGAAUGUUGUUGAAUUUUGAGUUACAAGCAUAAGUCAAUGUAAAGGAUACUCAUUAUAGUUGAUUUUAUCUUGUGAUAUAUGUUGAAUCGCUAAUAAGUUUUUUCUUUUUCUUUUUUUUUUUUGUGUAUGAUUGCAACAUUAAGGUACAAUUUUUGUGUCUAGUUUGUUUUUAGAGCUUUUUAUAUGAUGCUCAUUGAUUAUUAAUUUUUAAGAAGAAGAUGAAUGUUGUGUAUGAAAGUAUAUAACGAAUUCAUUAUGCGUACAAAUGCAAAUGAAGCUCGAGAAACUUUUAUGCAAUGAAGGAGGCCAUAACAAUGAGAGUAACUAGUUUAACCUUCCUUCCUCUUUUUUAACGCUCUUCAGAAUUUAUAAUUAUAGAUAUCGUAAUAUUUGUAACGCGAUAUAGUUCUAAUUAGUCGUCGUAAUAGUCGUGUAUAUACUUUUGUAUAAAUAGAAUAUCAAUAAAUGAAUCUGAUAUUGUUUUUUUUGUUUUAAAUUAAUUUUGUUUUAUUCCAAUCUUUCUUUAUAUCUUCAAUUUUAUCCAUAGAUUGA